UCGUCUGCUUUAGAAUACAGAAUAGUGAAGCGUCUCCGGUUUGACAUUUGAGUGUAAUGACAUUUUGUUAUCUGAAUAUGUCGUAAAGUAAGUGUUUCAGAAGGAUUUAAACUCCUGAGCGGUUCCAUCUUUACAAAAUAUGAGCUAAAUUAAUUAUUACAAUAAGAUAUACAUUGGUAAGUUUGUGCAGGUUUUAGAAAUCAACAUGGAAGAUUUGUUAUUGCAAGUGGCCAGUGAAGCAAAUGGUCAAAAAUUCACAGAGCUAAAGAAAGCUGCACAAGAGGCAUAUGACUUUCUGGAAUCCCAACAGGGUCUUCUCCGAGAUCCUGCUCAUGAAUUACGAGCCAAAUGUCUGCAUGCAUUCAAAUUGGCUCUGGAAACCAAGCGGAGCAAAUUUGUUGCUUUUGGCCUCUCGGGAUUGCAUAGAUUGUUGAGGGAUGACCGCUUCCAGUCCAACUUUGAACCUGAAGAUGACUCGUUGUGGCUUCCAUCUCAACUGCUUCAUGCUAUUUCAUCGUUUCCCUCCCAAUCUGACGAUACCCAAGUUGACAUGCUCAAGGUACUAUUGAAUGUGGCCUGUUCUUCCUACUGGACCAUGAAUGGACGGAUUAUCAUUCAGAUCCUGAUGCUCUGCAGUGAGGCGUACGAGUCCGGGAACCAAGCUAUCAGAACUGCAGCGCAGGCUGCCACCAGUCAGACAUUACGAUCAUUUUGCAACAUGCUAGACGAGGAGUCUCAGGAGACAGCACAGAGCCCCCAGCUGCGGGAGGUUGGCAGUGGAGGUAUCGAUUGCUUCAAUGAAGUCAUUCCUAUCUUGCAGUUCAUCUGCAGUAAACUGGACGAGGCACAGAGCACUGACCGCAGCAGCCACAGUGUGGUGUUUCUCCUGGAGUGUCUGCACACCCUGGCGUCCAGCCUGCCCCAGAGUAUCCAUGCCAACCGCCACUUCACGGCUUUCCUAUGGCAGAAGUUGUGUCCUGCUCUCAUCGCCUUUCUGGGCUCGCCGCGGGUCGACAAGAAGAUCGUGUCCCGCCAGGACCGACAGGUUGGGGGUGAACUGGAGGUGGGCAGAGGUUCUGGUGGAUUGCCAUCUGCUCCCAGCUUUGACACUUAUCAGGCGAAAACUGUCUAUAGUAUUGGGAGUCAGCUGGUGAGACUGGUCGGCUGUGUUGGGUCUCUACGUCCUGUACUCGAGUCUGUGUAUUACCGCAUGUUGCUAUAUCCUCCACCACAGCAUAGACUGGAGGCCUUAAAAGCCCUUAGGGAGUUACUUCGCAGUCCAAGCAGAAUGAUGGACUUUGCAGGACCAAUCUUAGUGGAGGAUGAGAAAGGCUGCCAGCAGAGUGACAUGGCUCUGACGAGACUGGUGAUGGACUCUAUAGAGGAAUGCAGCCAGUGUACGGACCCGGCCAUGGUGUACACCAGCGCCUCGUGUAUCGUAGCAAUGCUGACUACUCUACAGGAACUAUCAACAGGCAAAGGGGUCACCACCAAGUACAUGGACAAGAUAAACGCUCUCUAUCCCAUUCUCGGAAAUUGUGAUUACAAAGGUGCCCUGACGUACGCCAGCAUGGCUCGCCUGCCCCACCUGUAUAUGGAGAAGGAGAUGAACGUAGAGCUGAGUGACGUAGAGAGCAGCAGCAGCAGCAGUGGUCACUCCUCUGGGCCUACAGAGGGACCUGAGGACGACUACCAGAUAGAUUCUGAUAUGGAUGAGCUGGAAGCAGAGGCAGAGAGGAGACGGGAAGAGAGGGAAGCACAGAGACUGGAGAAACUGCAAGAGGCAAAAACACUCCAAGAAGAGGACACUCAGUUUCUGAUGCCAGCGGAAUCGAUGGAUGUGGAACGUCAGAAUGCAAGGUACUUCAUGAAUGCUCUAGUUGCUCUACUACCCUCUCUGCUGUCACUGCGUUCCUCCAUUCAGGUGGAUGAAGCACUCCAGGAGUUUGCUUCUAAGUAUUGCCAAGAUCAGUAUGCAGAGAAAAAUUUCCAAGUGACAAUCAUGAAUGCUGAUGGUAUUUACUUAGCAACAUAUUCAGCCCUUCUUCUCAACCUCAAGCUAAUACAACAGGGUUAUUACGAGAAUGAGUCCAAGAAUGUGCCUCUGAAUGAGAUGGAGUUUGUACAAGAGGUCCACGACAGCGGAGUGCUCGUCUACCUUUCCGCCACAUGGCUUUCAGAACUCUACCAGCUGGUUCUGUCUGCCUCUCCCCUCCACAGUUACAGCCCGGAGUCUGCUGAAAACCUAGCCCUCAUUAAUCUACUAACAGACCUGGAUGGGCUUGGAAGCAGUCAGCAGGGGGGCCAACUGUUAUCGGACUUCCAAAGGCUGGAGAGAGCCACUACCAGAGUUGAGGUCAGCCCUGAAGUUGAGGCAGGGGUGAAACUGAGUCGUCGCGUGCUGACGUGUUGCUGGGACUCAAUGUUGACUGUCCUGUCUGCACCGCUCAAGGAACCCUCCCUCUCCACCAAGGGUUCCCGCAAAGUGUCAGCCAUGCUGCUGUUGAGUAACGAGGCAGCCAAAGAUGCCAUCCGACGAGAUGCUGUUGUGUCCAGCUUGGAUGCUCUGCAGAGGGCAGCCACUCUCAGUAACAUCUUGGGAAUGCAGAGCCGAUGUGGAGGUAUAUUCUCCCUGCUGGCGUCAGCAUCUUGUCCUGAAGACUCAGACAUCACCUUGUUCCCCCAGCAGCCUUCACCCCUGGCCCUGGCACUGCUGCAGAGACAAAAGAAACUCCAUGCCUCUCAUGCUCUUAGCAUGGAUGUCAUCCUUUCACGUGGCCUAGAGUUGGGCAGUCACGCUCCUGAUUGCUGGAAACAUGUCUUCCGAUGUUGCCUGCAUGUUAGUCAGCUAGAGCACAGGUUCUUCUCCCAGUCGGGCCAAGCCCCAGGCCUGUCAUUACCCAAGCUCAACAACAAGGCUGCCAACUCCAACAUAGACAAGAUGUCAGCGGCAGACCGGCUGCAGUUCAGCUUCACACCUGAGGAUGAUGACGAAGUGUGGGUCGAUGUGUACAGUUUCUUAGCCACCACAAGCAGUCCAGCUAUCACAUCACAGACUGUCGCUGAGCUCAUAGCAGAGAGCAAGGCAGAUAGCACUGCACAUGGCAUACUCAGCCAAGACUACGCUGCCAAGGUCAUCUGUGUUCUGUCACAGGCUGUUGAUAAAAUGUUCGAAGAGGCUGCACUGAAGCUGAAUCUGCAGGCCUUGACCAGUUUCAUGAGGGCAUUGUGUACAGCAUCACAGGGCCAGCUGUUCUCCCGCCACCCGCUGGGAGGGAUAGGGGCGGGUGGGCCACGCAAGUGGUGGGCACCAGUAAGGCUGCCUCGCCCCUGGACACCCCGUGAUGCCGAUACAUCCCUGCUUCUCACCAGAGUGGGACAGGUCAUGCUGAAGACUGUGCGAAGUGGCAGACCACUUAUCCACAUAAUGAAAGUCUGGUCCAUCGUUGGCCCCCACCUCAUGGAGGCUGCCUGCCAUAAAGAAAGAGUGAUUUCGAAGAUUGCUGUGUCAUCCAUCCAUGAUACUGUCACUGCUUUGCUUAAUGAGCAGAAUGAGCUAUCGUACUUUCAUUUCAACGAGGCCCUCUUCAAACCGUUUGAGAAUCUUCUUUGCCUCGAACUGUGUGAUGCUGAUGUUCAAGAUCAAAUCGUCAGCUGUAUCUGUGAAUUUGUGGAGGCCAAUCAAAACGAAAUCAGGUCCGGCUGGAGACCUCUAUUUGGAGCCCUAAGAGUUGUCAGCAGCAGUCAUCUAGGAUCUCUUCUGGACGUCUUCAGAGUAUUCCUGGACACAAACAACACCCUUGUCUUCUCCAAUGCUGCUGUAGACUGCAUACUUUGUCUUCUAAAACAUGUCAAAGGAAAUGAUAACAUGACAGAGGACAUGGCUGAAGAAGGAGUAGAUGACAAGGCCCUGGAGUUGUGCAAGGCAGCACUUAAGUACCUCCACCAGUGCAGUGGCAUCUUAGGUUCUAUGUACAACAUGCCAGCCUGCCCCAUCUUUCACACUUCCCACAGGAUCCAGCUGACGAUGUCACCACAGCGAGUGGACCCGAUCAUUCCUCACAUGGAGCUGAUGAGAUUUGACCCCGAGGUGGAGGCGACGACAGAGCUGUGCUAUAGUGCCCUGGGAGUGGGGGGUGAGUGUCACGACGUGAGUGGACUGGACCGCCCCAGCGGAGUGUUGCGAGUCUGGGUGUUACUCCUGGAGGGACUGUGUGGAGCCACUGUAUCCAGCUGUCCACAAUACCAGCCUCAUAUCCUGGACACUCUCUUCACACUGUUCCGGGAACUGCUGGUGCACCCAGGGUUUGAGUUUGGAUUGUACUGCAUCAAUCAUCUGCUGCUGCCCAUGGUCCAGAACUGGUUACGCAAGACCAGUCGUCAGUUCCGUGGCUGGGACGUGUACAGCAGCAAUUUCAAGCAGUGUUGUGGCCUCACUACAGAUCUGGUUGUCAAGUAUAUCGUCUACUUGCAUGAAGCAGACAAGAGCGAGUAUGGGAACCUUAUGCUGAAGCAGUUGGUACUAGUGAUGGUGGAAUGUGUUGUCCAGCCUGUUGAGAGCAUCGCUAGGCUCGGUUGUGCCUGUCUUAGGCAUAUAGUGCUGAGUGCUGCCCCUAUGCUGACCCCCUGCCAGUGGGAGGUGGUCUGUCUUGGGUUACACAGAGCCUGCUCUCUCUCGCUAUUCUCUUUACAUCAGCUGAUGGCCGGGUUCCGUCCUGGCUCCCACAGUUUCUACGGUGAUGGCGCACACGUCAAGGUGGCGGCUCGCCGGGACUCCACCCCCCAGGAGUCACUUAGGCUCAAACAGCUGGCACAACAGGUGUUCCUUCUGGAGGGCCAGAGAGGCGAGGACUGUGUGCUGCUGGCAGACGAGGGAUGCACGGAUGACCGCAGUUACAUCCUGCUGCUGUAUCCACAAGAUCUAGCACCCUCAGCUAACCCUGAACAUUAUGUGGUCAGAGUGCCAUUCCGUAACCUGCUGGUGGGUCUGCUCUCUCAUCAGAUGUUGCUGCAGACUGUGGGUAGUCUACUGAUACAAGGCACUCCUCACGUCAUACCUAGUCUGGCUAACGUGCUUCUUCAGUCACCUGCUGCAACGCCCAGUGAUAAGAGUGACAGAGAUCAGCCAGUUCUGCCUGGCAUGAUGCCAUACAUGUCUCAGCAGCAUGUACAGAUCUUGCUGUCAUGCUUGGACCUAUCAUAUGAUGCCGCUAUCCAGUUUGACUCUCGACCUGGUCUCAAGUUCCUGAUACAGAAAGUGGCAGGGAUGGAGCGAGCAGCCAAUCUCUAUCGACAGGCUGGAGCUGCUUGGAUCCUUAAGGUAGUCACUCUGUUCGACCUAAGUCUCCAUGAGCUGCGAAAAUCUGGUGCGACCUUAGAUUGUGUCAAGAGAAUCAUAGAGGACGAGGAUUCCAAAUUGAAGCAAGAACUUGAUAAGGUAAAAAAGAGUCCUGGUAUGGAGAAAGGCGACAGCAUGAUGGAAUCAGCUUCUGUCGGUAAUGUUGAAAGUGCUUGUAAUGACAUGACAACGUUCUUGUUGCGUUUGAGACAGAGUUUUGACAAACUUUGUGACACUUACAUUGACGUUGUGCUUGACAAGGAUGGUGCUCAUUCUGCGGUGGAUCGCAUAUCCGACCAGCCCAUAUUCUUCUUGAUCGCACAGACUGAUGAUUUUCCCGACAUUAAGUGGAAGGAUUUGUCUGAAAACAUUCUGAGUAAUUUAGAAGAUGCAAAGACAAGUGAACAAGGUACAAGUGAAGACUCUAGUGGUGACAAUGAUGAUGGAAGUGAUGAAAGCGAUGACAAGCCUGAUGAGAAUGAACAGCAGAAGGAUUCACCUGAAAAGGAUUUGAAAGGAAAUUUGAAAGAUGUUAAGAGACCGUUCAUGUUUGCCGACCUAGCUCAGCAGUACAAUGACUCAGCAAGUGAAGGAGAGCCAGAGAGCUCCAUCCAAAAGGAUGAUAGUGUGUAUAAUGUGGCAGGAGGAAACGAGGUGGAAGGACUCAUGGAAGAGUAUAAGAGGAGGAAGCAGUUGUGUGCUUUGCCUCUCUCAGCACAAGCAGAAAAACGGAAAAAUCCCUUCAAUCAAAGGAAGACAUCUAUAGACCCUCCUCUGGUUCCCACAGAUCCUCUGCCUCCUGAGAUUGAACAACAGAGGAAGAACAGCAUUUUCAAGGAUAGCGAGGCACACGUUGCAGUCUGGGCGGAGAUGUUGGUCUCCGUGUUUGACUUAUUAUCCCAACUGGAUGAUACACGUUUCCGCACACUGCUGCCUGUUCUGUUUCGUGGGGUGCGCUCGCUGACUCAACACGCGACACACCCGACCCUCAAGCUUGCCAUCGCUGAGUUCUUCCACAGAGUAGCUCUCAUGUAUGGUUUCAGCCCAGAGUAACUUACGGUGCCGCCACCACAGCCUUUGUGUAGCUUGUCGUCUAGUCAACUGCUUGUCAUAGUCUAACUCAGUGUUUUUCAAUUAUUAGCGAUUAAGUUGUAAAUAUCUUAAUAUAUUUUUAAGAACAGAAAUGAAAUGUCCGGAAGGCCUAAUGACUGUAGUGACGAGUUUGUUUUUGCCCCUUUUCGGUUUCAUGCUUGAUCUCAGCUUUUUAACUUGCCCAUUGGAAAUAUAUUGACACUUUCAUAAUGGAGGAACUAACAUUGUUAAUUUGAAAAUCUAAACAUUUUUCAUUGGCUGAGCGUGAGCCAUUAUCUCAGCUGGUAGGAAAGAGCUGUUUAUUUGUUUUAUCUGAACGAUGUCCUUGAAUCCAUUUGAGGUACAUUUUUCACAUCCACUUUGCAGGAAUUGUAGGAAUGCAGGAAUAGCCCACAAAGGGUUUAUGAAAAUAAUGCUUGUGAGUAUAAUUCAUUUAUAUAUCAAUUUAAAGCUAUCAAUAUGUGUUUUAUAACAUUACAGUAUUAUGUUUCAAGGAUUGUAAUCCAUCCUCUUAUUCAAGUUUCAACAUUUUUUUGAGUAUACUUAACCCCAUACCUUAAGAUCUUUUUAUACCUGAAGAAAAAGAAACUGAUUACAACCCUUAAAACAUAGUAUUAUAUUUUCUUAACAUUGCGAUGGUAAGCAUCUGAAAUCCUGAUAUGCUUUUAAAUCAUCCACUGCCAGUAAUAAACUUUUAAGAAAAAAUUUUAAACUGUUGAAAAAAAAAAUGAUUAAAAAUUUCAAAUUGAAUUUGACAACCUGAAAUAAAUAGCAGUUUUUUUUUUAACUCUCAGUGCCAACAUAUGGACGUUUUAAGAACUCAUAAAAUACUGAUGUCAAAUGUUCUGAAUGUUAAAAAAACUGAUAUAGAAAAUUUCAUAUUUUUAUGUACAAAACCUAUAGCAUAUUGAUUUAUAUGAAAAUAAUCAUUCUUGGUGUUGAAAAAAAGGAUAUUUGUAGUUCUUUAUUAACACUAUUAAAGAAAAGUUUGCAGAAAUAAUUACAAACAUUUAUAAGAUUUAUUUCUGUUUAUUUACCUUAGCCUUUAAGCUGUUUUUGACUGCAAUCAAAAAUAGUAAUAUAAACAUUUUUUAACAAAACAGAAUAUGAAAGUUGCUAAUAAAUAGUCAAAUUAUGACUUUCUAAUAAUUGUAUACAACUUUUAAAACACAAUUCUGAAAAAAUCCUUUGCAGUCUUGAAUUGGAAAGUUUUUACAAAAUGUGUAAUUGUUAUUUGAUCUAUAGCUGUGACUGAUUGUCCCAUGAAGCUUGAAGUAAGAUUUUUACUUAAGUUAAGAAACAAAAUUGUAGUAUGCUGGUACUGAGGAUCAUCUUUGUAACUUGAUUCUUCCAAUAGUCGGUUGUCAUUGGCCGUGAAGGUGUAGGUGUCAAUGUGAUGUAAUAUUUUUGUACUUGAUUUGAAUCAUCUAGAGUUUCUUUUUUAAUAAAUCUACUAAUCAAAACUAGCCAAUUGAUAAUUUUUAGAGACAUAGUCAGGAAUGUCUAGUUAUUUAUUGGCAAAGACACACAACAUUCUUGCCAUUAUUUUUAUUAGUGAAAUAAGCCAAUAUUUAAGUUUUUACCCUUAAAAAUCCAUAUAUUGAAUUCCUGAUUUUCUUAAGAACAAUGCAAUAUGCUAUAUCUCCAGUUUCCCAAUUAAUAAAUAUGCAAAAUUAACAUAUAUCCAUAAUUUGAACUCUGUACAUCAAGUACAAAGAAAAACCUAUUCAUUAAUUCUAUUGUUUUUGAUAAUUAUGACACUGAUGUACCUAACCAUGUUUCUCAUUAUUCUCCUUAUGUAAUUAUUGACGUUUGUACCAUUUUGGCUCUAAUAUGUCACAUGAAGUUAAUACAUUAAUUUAAAUUUUUUAUGGACAUCAACCAUUUUGAUUGUUUACAAGCUGUACUCAAUUACAGUUUUAUGUAUAGAAAAUGUAAAUUGAAUUGUGAUAAAAUCUUCUAUGAGCAUUAUGAAGUUCAGCAUGCAGAGUUUACAAAAUGCUUCAAAUAAAAAAGUUCCUCCAUUUUGAAAGUUAAAACCACACUGCUUCUCUUGCUAGAAGUCUGUGAGUCAUAGCUCUCUAUUAGAAUUCAGUGUUUUUUAUUUUAUCCACUAUUCUUUCCAUUUAAAACACCAUUAUAUUGUUUUAAUUGUUUGUAUAUAAUAUAUAUUUUAGCUUAUAUUAAAAGAAGAAAGAACCUAUAUAUAUACAUAAUGUCUAUAUAUUUAAAUAUCUUGGCUGUCUUUGAGCUUUAUGGAUUUGCAUGCUGAAUACAAAUAAAUCUACUAUUUUUCACCAAAGUGCUAAUUAUUUUAAUGAGUACUACUUUUGAAGUAUAUUUUUGUCUACAAUGCUAAAGUGAUAAUAAUUUUAAUUUUAUUUUGCAUACCUGUAGUUAUAUCUUGUCAUGCGUUAUAUGUUCUGAAUAGUUUAUGUAAAAUCGUCUGCUUAAUUUGAAACUACAUUAAGUUAUACAACAUCUCUACACUGUGUUAAUACUUACUUUUAUAGUACCUGUAAGAAAUGUUUUAGCUCAAGGUUAAUUAUUACAUACAAUACAAAAUACUUUGCUAUAUGGACAGUUAUAUCAAGUUUAAUUGCUUAAAUUUGUCUUUACCAUAUCUUCAUGUAUUAUAAUUUAAGUAUUAUUUUAAAUAUUAAUCCAGUGCUAAAAUGUCAUUAUAUGACAUUUAGUGAGUAACAAUGAAUCAAUUACUCAGUAUACAAUGCAUUGGCCAUAAAAAUUAAAUACAAUUAAAACGCAUAAAAUAAUCUAUUUUAAAGUGUCGUAGAAUUAUUUAUUAAUUUAUAAACACAUUUUACUAUACAGAGACAGUAAAAUUAUUAAAUAUCUUUUAGAAUUAUAAGCUAUAUAAACUGUAUUAAAACUAAAAUGGUAUAUAAAAUAAAUAAAUGUAACUAUACAUAUUUACAUAUUUAUAACAUUUUGACAUCUCAGUAAAAAGAGAAAAUGGGCUUUGUUUGAACUACAGGACAUGUGUAGCGAGACCCAGUACAAAACAAUGUACUGGAAAAUAAUUUUGCUCUAAAAAUAACAAUGUUAUAAAUAUGUAAAAAUUAAUAUUAUAAAUAAAUAAAUACAGUACAACACAUAUAAAUUUAUAACUCUCAUUGAUCACAAAUAACUAUAUAAUAAAUGUAAUGUAUUAAACUAAAAAUACGAGAAUUUUAUGUCACCUGAAAUUGUUACAUAACUAAAACAAACUAAAUAUUUAUGUUUUUAAAAUAAGCAAGUUGUUGGAGGACUGUAAUUAAAAUGUUGAUUUAUAUUGGAAUUAUUGUGUGGUAAUUUAUAAUAAUGCUGACUUUUAUUCUUUUGCCAAUUAAAUUCACUUUAAUGUUUCUGUGUUACAGUAACUUCCAACACUUCUGAUGCGGGUUUAUGUUAGUAUUAUAUAAUCCUAAGGUUUUAUACUGAUUUAGCUUUAACUGACACUUGAAACAAUCACAUUAUUGUCUUGUCAUAUUCACUUGUACACCUUGAAGUAAUAUUUCUCUCUAUACCACAUACAUUCACAACACUACUUGCCUAUACAGUUUAGUAGUGACCAGUAUUACCGCAGACAAUACUGUUAAGAUUGAUUUACAAUGUAACGUGAUACGCAAUGAUAUGGGACACAAUGUAGGACCAGUAACAAAAGUCUAACCUUGGCAGGGGCGUAUCCAGAGGUGGUGCAAGGGGGAUGUAAAUAUUUUCAAUGAUAUAUGCAUGGUAUAUUCAAGCCCUUGUGAUGAACUAGGACAUUUCUAAGUAGCAAAAAUAAUGAAUUUAUUUUGUAAAAAGCUUUUAAUAUAACUGCUUUAGAACUAGUGUCUUCCAAAGUUACAAUAUUUUUGUUACACUUUUCAAACCAACACCAACACCAGGAGGAAACAACACCAGAAUUCGUAUUUUUAGUGUCAAUUAUUUUUUGACCAUAAAGUGUUUUAUAAAAUUCAAGCAUUAAUAAUAUGUUCCUGAAGGAUAUUUUGAAAUUCAACUAAACCAUCAAGCUGGGCGCAAAACAGUAAGGAAGGUUAAUCUUUGUGUUAUUACCUUGGCCACAUCCUAAGACAUAGAAAUUUGGCACCAACUAGCCAUAUAAUGAAGUCGUAGUAUUAUUUUAAUUUUGGGCUAUAAUAUAGCACUACUAAUGCUGGUUGUCAUCACUAAUACAAAUGUUACAGAAAUAUCACUAGAUAACAGAUAACAAACAUAAUUAAAUUCAACAUUGUAUGAGUCAAGAGAUUGUGUUUGCUACCAGAAAAAAAAAUAUUAACACGUGAGUAGCAGUGGUGGCGUACUUGCUGAGAACAAGUUUAUGUAUGUAAAAUAUUUAAAAGAUUAAAAUAUUAAUUUCCUGAAUUUGUUUCUACUGUACAGGAGAAUGUUUUUUUUCAACUUUGGAGGUUACUAGCUAUGGGUGAUUGCACUUUAAAAAACUUAUUGAAUAAGUAACCAUUUUUAAAUUUUUUAAUGGACGUUAAAAAUGGUUACAAGAAUUAUUUAUAAAUGUCUUGUAUUUAAUUAGUGGUGGAUACAAUUUAAUUAUUUCGUAAUGGUUGUUGUAAAAAUAGAAAAGUGAAUACACUGUAAUAAUUAUAUAUAUCCACCAUCCUCUGUCCCCUGAAAUAAAAUUCUAGAUACGCCCCUGACCAGAGGAAACCUUAUGAAGUAAUAGAUGCUUCCAGUAGAUGUACAUCAUCAACGUAGUCUUGACUCCAUGUGACUGCCUGAUAAACAGAGUAUCUAUGUAUAAUCAAUAUUUUUGUGAAUGUAUAAAUGUACAAUCGUUUGUAGCUAAUUAGGCCUGUAAUGUAGCUACCAGGUGUAGUAUCUAAUGCAAAUAUAAAUCAUUGCAAACCUA